UCGCAGCGACUUUCUGCUUCCAAUCAAAGCUCAAGAAUUCCACCUAAAAAUGUUUUUCUGCUCAAAAGCUCUUUUUUAUUACUUCCAUGAGCCUUGUUCCAGAAAGCUGAGGAUUCUCCAGGUCUGACCACUAAUCAAUGAGGCAUUGGUGCCUCUUUCUUCAGUGCUUCUAGCCGGCCUACUGAUAAGCUCCCUAGGUGAGAUAUACUACAUUAAAACAUGGUGCCCAAACAACAGCUUUAAGUGCCUGCUAGAUCUCUGUUCUUUCAGAAGUCUCUCUCCACCUAUCUCUCCACUAAAGAUGGACUUAAAACUAAAAGAUUGUGAAUUUUGGUACAGUCUCCAUGGCCAGGUCCCAGGGCUGCUGGACUGGGACAUGGAGAAUGAGUUAUUUCUGCCUUGUACCACAGACCAGUGCCCUUUAGCUGAGCAGAUCCUUGCCAAAUACAAAGUCCGAGUAAUGAAGCCCCCAGAGAUGCCUCAGAAGAGGAGACCCAGUCCUGAUGAAGAUGGUCCUCACUGUGAACCCAAUCUGUGGAUGUGGGUGGACCCCAAUAUCCUGUGCCCCUUUGGCAGCCAGGAGGCCCCAAAGCCCAGUGAAAAAGAGGAUCUGACAAGCAUUUCUCCUUUCCCUCAGCCCCCAUUAAAAGAUGAAGAGUCUAACUGCUCAGAGGACAAAGUGGUAGAGUCUCUGCCAUCCUCCUCCAGUGAGCAGUCUCUUUUACAGAAGCAGGGCAUCUAUUCCCCCAGUGACUUUGAGCUCACAGAAGAGGAGGCUGAGGAACAAGAGGACAACUCCCUCCAGUCCCCUGAAAGGAAGUGCUUCCAGAGUCAGAAGCUACGGCAAAUCAACAACCAAGUAAAGUCCUGGCAAUGGCCCCCUCUCAAUUGCAGCCACCUUAUUUCCCUAGCAUUAAGAAACAGCCCCCACUGCGGCCUCAGUGUGCAGGAGAUCUACAGUUUCAGCCGACAGCAUUUCCCCUUUUUCUGGACAGCUCCAGAUGGCUGGAAGAGCACCAUUCAUUACAAUCUCUGCUUCCUGGACAGCUUUGAGAAGAUGCCAGACAGCCUUAAGGAUGAAAAUAAUGCAAUACCUCACUCUUGCCUUUGGAAGCUCACUAAGGAGGGGCACUGCCGCUUUUGGGAGGAGACUCGUGCCUUAGCCUCUGCCCAAAGGGAGAGAAUCCAAGAGUGCAUGAGUCAGCCAGAGUUGUUGACCUCUCUCUUUCAUCUUUGAAAUACCGCUGCUCCCUUUUUGGAAUACUGCCUUCCUUACUGUGCUUACUUAUCCUCUGACUGAUAUUAAUUAACCUCUAAACUUACCCAGCCUGGUUGGUGCCAAGCCUGUCUUUAGCUACUGUUACAAUAAUGGUGUUAAGUAAAGUUAGAGGUGGGUACAGGGGAGGCAGAACUUAAAUCAAGGUGGAGAGUCAUGGAAAGUCGCACGAGGAGAGCGGUUGUUGUUCCACAUUUUGAGCAAAGGAAAGAAAUCCUAGAAACAAUGGCAUGGAAACUAAGGAAAGAAGGAUGUGUUUUGUGAAAGAAAGAAAUUUUGUUUGUAGAGAGUAUUUUCACACAUUAAAGUGAACAGUGGAAUAUAAAGCAUAAAAGGCAGGAUGGAGCCAAGCCAUGGAGAACCUUGAGUGCCAUGUGAAGAGAAUUUGACUUGUGAUGGAGAAUCAAGUUUCCUCCUCUACCAUUCAUCAGCUACAUCUCCUUUUUAAGUAACCCAUUUCAUCCUUCAGAACUUCACUUUUCUAUUUCUGGCCCUGGACUUCUAAGCCUUGUUUCUUUGUCAUCCAAUUCCAGUAUUAACAAAUAAUCCUGAACAGCUACUUUUAGUUUGUAUGUUGAACAUCCUUUGAAACAUUCCUGUAUUAACCCCAAGCCUUUUGAUGAUAAAGGUUUGUUUUCCAUU